UUGUGCUAGUGAUUACGUUGAGCAUCAGGAAUAUGGGUUUUAAAGGCCAGAUAAAUAAAUUCACGUCAUCCGGCCAUGAAAUCACGACACGCGCGGGCUGAAGGAAAUAAACUCUGACUUCAAAUUACGAGCUGCUGGUUUACUUUGGAUUUGUUUCGUCUACUGGCCGAGCAGGCCGAUGAAGAUGAUGCGUGAUGGACUGAAGUUGUGGAGUAAUGGCACAGAUGCCCACACUAGUGACCCUGAGGAAGAUGAGGAUGAGGAGGAGAUGAUGAUGUUUGGGGAGAAUGAUGAAGAGUCAGAGGACAUGAUGGAUUUAAGCGACCUGCCGACCUCACUGUUUGCCUGCUCUGUACACGAGGCAGUGUUUGAGGAGGACAGGCAGCGGGAACGUUUCGAGUCACUAUUUCGGAUCUAUGAUGAUCAAACAUCCUUCCAGAUGUUUAAGAGUUUCCGGAGAGUGAGGAUCAGCUUCAGUACACCAGAGGCAGCUGCACGUGCUCGUAUCGAGCUACAUGAGUCCGAGUUCAACGGUUCCAAACUCAAACUUUAUUUCGCACAGGUGCAGAACUCAGGUGAGGAUGUGGAUAAAGCAUAUCUGGCCCCGCCCCAACCUGUGAAGCAGUUCCUUAUCUCUCCGCCCUCUUCCCCACCUGUGGGGUGGAGUCAAAGCGAAGACGCCACCCCCGUCAUCAACUACGACCUUCUGUGUGCAGUGGCCAAACUGGGCCCAGGGGAGAAAUACGAGCUGCACGCAGGUACAGAUUCCACACCCAGCGUUGUCGUGCACGUGUGCGAGAGCGAGACGGAGGAGGAAGAUGAGGCCCGGCCCAAGAUGAAAAUCGUCCAGACACGACGUCCCGACAGCCCUCCGAAAGUCUACAACUAAACCCACCUCUCUGCAUGUGUCCUCUGUCUAAAUCUGUCUCUCUCUAUCUCAUAUGGAGGCAAAGACACCCUUCAUUUCAGCUCUAAUUAAAAAAAAAACUUAUAAAAUUGGAAAGAAAUUUAGAGGGGAAAGCGUUUGUCGCUUACGAUGGGAAAGGACGGACCGAGUUAGUCUUGACUGGAAGAACUGACACACAGACAUGCCACUGUCUCACAGAAAAGCAAAGGUAGCAUGGAAGGGGGGGUUAGAAACCUCCUGCAAUCAGAGCACUUUUCAUUCACUCAUUCCCACACUCCUGUAGUCUCAAAUUAGUGUAGCUUUAGAGGAUGGGCAGAAAUCUAAACGUAGCUAAAUGUAGAAGUAGAAGCUGAAGUAUUGGUUUCAUAUCAGACUUUAUUUCUAGCAUUCAGUAACUGAUCAUGGAAGAAUAACACUAAGGGAAGCAACGUUUUUCUUUUUUUGUGACUAAUGUCACAUAUCAGGUGAUGUGUUGGGUUUAUACAGUCCACGUGAUCAGGAUGCGCGCGUGUGUGUUAGUAAUGCAUUGAGAUGCAGACAGAAAGCCAGUUAAUUGUACACACGCGCACACACACACACACACACAAACACACACACACCACCUGCGGUUGCUGUCUUCUAAAAGGAUUCUAAAAGGUCUUGGAUUUUAUUUUAUUUUUUACUUAUAAACAUGGAAAUGUUUGUUUACUAAACUAUAUGUGUGUUGUUGUGAUUAAUAUUGUUCUUACAAUGCAUUUGAUACCACAAGCAUUCUUUGCAUGUUAACUGCUGUAGCUAAACACGGAUCGUUUUAUACCGAACGGCAGAAAUCAAACGAUGCUGAAGUUUGCCUUCGAUAUGUAUCCUGCUCCUGAUCCAAGUCCAGAAGGCUGUAAAUGAGGCUUUACGAUCAGAGGGGUUUGUCUGUAAAUUUUUGAGAGCUAGAAGCUUCCUGCUGUGAGUUACAGAGGAGGAAAUCUUUUACUCGUUGUAAUUAAUUUUCUCUUUUUUUUUUGUCUAUUCUCAGCACUGUGCUUUCAGUCUGUUUCUGCUCAGCUUGCUUGUUGUUUUGUGAAGAUUUCUUGAAGAAAAAAAAAAAAAUCACAUAAACCCCGAACGGAUAAAAGUAGUCACAUGAAAUACCCUUUAACUUGUAAAAUAAGGUGUCAUGUGAUGAAAACUUUGUGAUGUAAAGAGACAGUCACAUAGAGGGAGAAGCAAUGUAAAAGUUUGUUAAUGGGAUAAAACGGUUUGGAAAAUGCUGGAAUUUAAUCCUAAAAAGGGUUCAUUUUUGUCCUCCGCCAGCUUUACACUUCGCAGUUAGUUACACCAGCAGAAAGGAAGCUCUUUCAUAUGCUGGUUUGAACAUAAACAAAAUUAAAAUCUUACCUUAUAUCUUACUCUUUACACAAAACCCACUACGAUACCCAACAUUUCCUGUAAAUAAAUUGUCUCGCUAAGUCUGUUUAAAGCAGACAGUGUAAAAACACUUACCUCCAUUUUGUUUUUCUUUUGCAGUUUAUUAGGAUGAUUUCUUCAUAGAGGUAGACAUGAUACAUGAUAUAUGAUCACCGUUCAUGGACGGCUCACAGAAAAAACGGUUUCUUUAAUAGGGAUUAUUCAAAAGGAAGGGAUUCUAAUACAAAAAAUAUGAAGAUGUGGAAAAUAUCAUCAGACUGAGACAAACAAUUUUAAUAGGUGACAGUUAAACUGGAUCAGUGGACCAGGCAUUCGUUAUUUUUCAAGGGUACGAUAUGGUAGAGGUUAGCACGUGUGCCUCUCACCUCCAGGGUUGGGGAUUCGAUUACUGGCUCCACCCCGUGGUGUGUGGACUUUGCAUGCUCUCCGUGUGGUACUACUGUAUGUUUUCUCCCUCUGCGUCCAAAGGCGUGCUUUGCUGAUUUCCCUGGCAUUUCUCUUGGCAUCCCAUAGUGUGUGUGUGUGUGUGUGUGUGUGUGUGUGUGUGUGUGUGUGUGUGUGUGUGUGCGUGCCCUGAGAUGGUGUCUCCUCCUGGGAGUUGAUCCUCUGCAUUGUACCCUGAAUCCCAUGGGAUAGAUUCUGGCUUCCCUGAGACCCUGUGUGGGAGAAGCUCUAAAAUAGAACAUAGGAUUUUUAUUUUAUUCAUUUAUUUAUUUAUUUUUUUACAAAAAUGCUGUUAAAUUUGUAGCUUUAGAGCCCAAACAACAGAACAAAAUGCAUACCAGUAAAUGAGAAGAGAUUUAUAAUAUAAUAUGAUGUAAUUGAAUCAUCAUUUUAUUGUAAGGAGCUGCUGAUUUUGCUCAUGAUUUAUCAAGAAGUCACGCCGGUUGUGGGAAAUCUUACGGGUCUGGAAAUUCGACACGCUGCUCAUUUUAAAUGAAGUGGUUUAGAACUAAACCUGCGUUCAGCUGGUGCCGCUGUUCUGUUGAGAAUCGAGUCCAGGAAUCCGUCAGAUUUUUCUUAUUAUCAGGAUUAUUAUAUUGCCUAAUUUAUUCAUGGGCUGACAAAAUGACUACCAAAAGCUUACAAAGAAAGGAGUAAGAAUAUGAAUACAGCUCAGAAGCUCAUAUAUAUUUUGUAGAUUGGUAAGAAAAUCUCUAAAUUGACGUUUGAUUUCUGGCAGAAACAUGUUGAUUGCUUUGUAGAACACUUUAUUAGUUUGGACGUUGUCACUUUCUAUCAUUCUCACUUGUCAUUUUCCUUGCGUCUAUUGUCUUUUUUUUUACCAUGUCAUUUACUGCGUCAUUCUUGCUGUCAUUUUAACACGACGCUACGCCUAUUGUUUGCUUGUGCCGUUUUUCCUGCCGUCUGAAUUUACAAGCCCAUAUAAAUGCCUUGACUAUUAACAAAGUGCUUCACAGUGACAGAUGCUAAUUAAUUUUCCUAUAAACUGGUCUAUGUAUUUUCAAAACUCAACCUGACUCAUGUGUCACGAGUCGUUUUCAUAAAAGAGGGAAACAAACACUGUUUCUUUGUCCAAAGCACUUUACUUUGUAGGUUCUGUUUAUAUAGUUCAUAAUGAUUUAAUCAGCAAAGAAGACUAGAGGCAAAUAAAAAUGUAAAUAAAGAACAGGAUUGAUGUAACCGUCAGAUGAAAGGACACCUCAAACCAAACAGGAUGAUAAGACAACAUUAUGACAAAGACGAUGCGGAUACAAGUACAGGACAAAGCUGUAGCCCGAGAGCUUGAGCACAUUUUGUCUCCUGGCUUUUUUUUUAUUAUUCUUCGUAGUUGGCAGGUUCAACAACAGGAGAAGGAAAAUAAACCCUGAUUUAUGUUGAUGUCCUAGAAAAAGGACUGCAGUUAUCUACUCCCUCCCUGGGAAUUUAUGUAUAUUUUAUACAUGAUUUCCUGUAGUCUCUAUUAAUGCUUUAGUUUUAGCCCAGAAAUUGUUUUAGUGCACCGGAGCUUCCGGUUGCCUUGUGGCUCGAUAUUACAUGUCCACCCCAGCACAUCAGUUUUAUACAGUGCAGUCAUCAUGUUUCUGGUAUAAAUCUGACUUCAGACAUUUUCCAGAAAAAAAAAGCCUUUUUCUAUUACGAUUUGAUUUGAACAACUUGUCCUGUGUCCGAAAGACGAGUUUUUAAAUGUUAAAAACACACAAGAACAAAUCACACAAUACUCCACAUCAACUGCAUGUUCUGUGGGGCGCUGGGGGAGCAUUUCAGCAUAAACACGCAAUUUCAAAUGCGUUUUACACGUGUAAAAAGGAUGCUUUUAGCAUGUUUUAUUCGACAAGCUCAUCACACGCACGUAGACAGAUAAACUGUGAUUUGUCACCUGCGUUGGACGUCUGUGCUUUGGCUGAUCGCUUCACGUUGUCUUUUUCCUUCGUGUCAAACCAAUGAAACUGAGCCUUUUCUGAGAAGCCAAAAAAAGUGCAUGUUUAAGUGAAUCGGCUGCCUCUGAGGGCUCGCGUCAUGAAAGCACUUUAUUACUGCUGAAGUUGUAUCUUUGAGCUACCAGCUUUGAGCUGUACAUCAUUUUGUUUCCUCUGUUGUUUUCAGGUAGCCUUGUCACCAGCAGAAUACUGAUAUGACUGUAUCGCACCACUCCAUGUUGCUAUUUUACCUGCUUGUUUUGUCUAGGCAGCGUAAAGACAUUGUGUACACAGAACAACAAUGUGGUGUUGUUAAAACGUCUGGGUUGAGCGAGUGUGUGUAUGUGCAGCGGGUUGUUUGAUGUUGCAAGCGUACACCUUAAAAAGAAACCGAGAGAAUCAUAACACAACAGAGCAUCUGACUAUUCCUGACCUAUCCGAUGCUCCGCAGGUGAUAAUGCUGAUGACAAUGAUGCUUUUUUUUUUAGUUAUUUUUAAGGUUUUUUUUUACUUUUUCACGUGCGACUUCACGUUUCUGUACUUUAAAAAAAUGAUACGUGUUGGACUUUGUAAUGUGAUGAACUUUUAGCAUUUUAGUUCUUUUAUUUUCUGGAAUCGCACAAAAUGUCAAUUCUGUCACUGUUGAAAUAUUAAUAUUGUCUUGCACCGUAGCUAGUAGCUAAAGGGGGAAAAAAACGUAGCACUGAAGCAAUAAUUUCACUGUUGUUUAUCUGCGUCUCUUCUCCUAUAGGUGUUUCUUUGAUGAAUUGUAUCCCUAAAUGUCUAAUUGCUUAUGUUUGUGUAGGUAUUAUUGUCAAUUGUUUCACACCGAUAUCUAUAUAUAUCGAUAUAUAUAUAAACAAUAAUUCCUAAAACAUUUUGUUGUUUUGUUCUCCGUUUAUGGCUUUCAAAUCUUGUACCUGAACCUGUAAAUAACGAUAAAAUACAGACUUUUCAAUUCUAAUA